CACAGCGGGUAACUUGACAAUUGCUAUCUUGGCGAUAAGGAAGUUUAUCUUCACGUUUCCGGACUAAAUCCCAAUUUAUUUAACUCGGGGGUAUGUUCAUAUCUCAUUAGAUAUUUCUGCUAUCGGCAUGUACCUCUUGAGACUGUUGAGCCUCCUAUCAGACACCUGGAGGAGCUGAAGCACAGCAGAGACCUCAGAGCAGCUUGAUACCUACCGACACAGUGUGUGAAGAAUGUCUUCACCCAUGUACUACAAUCAAGACAGUGUGACACGCUUCAAGAAAAGAAAGGCUCGUUUCUCUUUCAGUGAAGUCCACAUAUUGCUGGAUGAAGUUAGGAAGCACCGUAUGGUUGUUGUGGGCAAAUUCAAUCGUGGUGUGCCAACAGACAUGAAAAAGCGCACAUGGGCAGAGAUUACUGCACGGGUCAAUGAGAUCGGAGAGUGCCAACGUGAGGUCAUAGAAGUCAUCAAGAAGUGGUCUGACCUAAAGUGUGACACAAAACGGAAAGUGGCUGCUAUGCGGUCGGGGACAGUGCCCAACAGAGGCCUCAACUCACGCCUUUCCCGGGAUCUUAACCAGACAGAGAAAAUAGUCCUCCAGAUACUGGAGAUGGACGAUGAGGAGCAGAGCUCCGGUGACUUCGGCCCGCUGGGGGAAGACGACGAUGUGCCGGAGGAGGAAGAAGAGUUGGAAGAGGACGAUAUGAUUGGAAUGCAGAGCUCUCCCAAUGGCGGGUUGGACAUGACACCUAUGCCUCCACCUUCUUCCUACAACAUAGGACAGUCAGGGGACUCGUCACAGCCCUCUUUUGAUGUGCAAUAUGAGGUGCCUCCAGCAGAAGAUACUGAAAAUGCAUUUGGAGACUCAGACGAUGAACAAAGAGACGAUAUGCUUCCUUCAACUCAGACAGCAAAGUCAAAAGACGAUCACCAAGCUAACAACAGCACCCAGAAACAAGCGCAACCUCAGAUGUCUACUGGACCACCGGCAUCUGCGGCUGCAUUUCCGGUGCCCGGUCAGCCCUCGCAGAGCACGAGAGACAGCAUGCUGCACAAUGCGUCGCUGAGCCUUCAGGAGCAGCACGCCACCAACAUCCUGCUGGAGACUGUGUCGCGCUCCCUGGAGCUUCUGUCGGAGUCAGUGCAGCAGCUGGCAGAGACUCAGCAGGAGUUUGUGCGUGAGUCGCUGCAGCUCCAGCGGGAGACGGUGCAGGUGCUCAGAGACUUCACAGGUGGAGCCAUCGCACUCAUGCAUGACAAACUGAAUGGACGACCGGCGUUAUAACAGCAGUGACACGUGAAGAUGAGGAUCUGUUAUCUCACUGACUUCAUAUGUGACCUUCAGGUGCAGGAACUUCUCGGUUCUUUUGGACUUCACCUGUGGUUCAUAUUUUUUUAAUCAGCAGAUUUUCUGUGGUUAUAUUUUAAAACAAUUGGUAGACUCAUUGUAUCGUCGGAAUUACUGUUUGUGUGGUGAUAUGAAAGUGGAUUGCAAAAACAACCAAUAUUAGCCAUAAAGAAAGAACAUGGAGAGUUUUUCGUUUUGCUACUGACAGUGAGACUCCACCACAUUUUUUACUGAGAAAACAACUUGUUUAAAGCCUCUGAAAAGUUCUCAGAAUGCGUUUGUGUGUCCUUAUGUUGUACGUUUCCCUUACUUUAUGUCUGGAGAUUAUCACGUGUACUGUAAUGGUGAGUGGAUGUCUGCACUUGACCAUUAUAUGGUCUUUAUGUCUGAGCGCUAACUGUGGUGUGUGUUAGAUACUUUUAAAAUACAAGUAAGUAUAUUA